AUGGCCUCCGAAGACGACGACGCCCGCGAUGCCGAGCUCGCCCGCCUCUCCGGCUCGGAGCUCAUGGCCCACCUCCGCACCACCUGCCGCAGGACUGACUACGACGCGGCCGCGCGCGUGCUCGACGCGCGCGACCGCAGGCUCGCCCUGGCCAAUGCCGUGCUCGACGAGGUCCGGCCCGCCCUCGCGGCCGCGCUCGCCGAGGUCAACGCCCUGCGGGAGGAGUACGUCGCGCUCAAGGGCGCGCUCCACGGGACCAGGAUCAAGGCGGCGGCGCGCUCGGCCGAAGCCAGCGCGAUAGUGGCCCCUGCUCCGGCGCCGCGGGGCGAGCCGCGCGCCGAGGGGGCGGGGGAGAAAGGCGGGAACUUUAUCGACCUCUGCAGCAGCGACGACGAGGAAGAGGAAUGGGAGGAGGGCGAGUUCCGUCCGCAUGUUGCGGUGGUUUCUUGCAAGAGGAAGGCGUCCGCGUCGGCGUGCUCGUCCGACGAGGACGAGGAUGAUAAAAUCCCGCUGAGCCAGCUUUGGAAGAAGCGGUGGGGAGCUGAACCUGGGGCUGAUGGGGAACCCAAGAAUGGAAAUGGAGAUGCGCAGGCGAAUUCCGUCCGACCUUUGGGGGAUGAUCUGCCAGAAAUUUCUCCUGUGAUCAGGGAGGGCGCCGAGGCAAGGGCUGGGCAAAGAGCUGGUGCGUCCGAGGACCCAAAGGUGGCAACUUUCGUGCAGGGGAGGGGAGAUGGCAAAUCGGGGAAGGAUGGAGGAAUGUCCAGGGCAAUGCUGAGUCCCCGGCCCACGGGUUCCGCUGUUGGGAACAGCUCACAGAAGAAUUCCUCUAAGGCGAAUUCAGUUGGACCUUUGGGGAAUGAUCUGCCGGAAACUCCUCCUGUGAUCAUGGAGCGCCCCAAAGGAAGAGUUGGUGGGUCUGAGGAGCCAAAGGUGGCCGCUUUCGUGCAGGGCAGGGGAAAUGGCAAAUCAGCGGAGAAUGGAGGUGUGUCCAGGGCAGGAUUCGCUGUCAGGACCGGCUCACAGAAGGAUUUCUCCAAGGUUGAUGAUGGUGGGGUGAGAAUCGCUGAGAAGGAAGGUUCUUUUGCUGGUCCAGUUGAGGAUACGCCCUCUCAGGUGAGAACUCCAACCCUUACAGCGAGGAAAAUUGUGGAAUCAGCCCGAGCCGGUACUGAAACGCCCAAUGAACACACUCGCUCUGAGCCAGAUGGAUUUUACAGCAUGGUUUUGAGGGCUAUCAGAGAGCAAGAGAAAACAAAUGGCCAAGUGUACAAUAAAAAGGUGUUUUCAGGAGCUAAUGGAAUCGGGGACCAAGAUGGUAAACUCAGUUCAUGUGAGCGUAGAGAGGUUAGUGAUGGAGGCAGUCUCAGGGCUUCAGAUAAGAUGGUGUCGGCUGCCUUGCCAAACAACCAGCUCUCGCUGCACUCAGGGCAAACGUCGGUAGAGGGUCCAUUGCCUUCAGCAAUUACAAGGCACUGGAAGUGUGAUUCAGAUGUGUUUACCUCAUGCCUAGAAAAUAAGGAGAUCUGUAUGCAAGCUGCCUGUGCUCUUUACCGCCAAAGGAAGCUAACAAUUCAGCCAACUGAAGGAGGACGAAGUGGAAGAACUGGACUCAACAAAGGUGAUGCAGACAGGGCGGCUGAGUUGGUAGAAUUUCUUUUGGAUGGCAAACUUCAGGGGCCGCUGAAGAGACCUGAGGAACUAGUGAAGCAUGAUUCUGCGGCGCUUAAUUUACUUGAGAGAGUAGUAUUACAAUGCUCUGAGCAGUUGUUCGAUAUUUACAGGAACAAAAAGGACCCAUUCUUCCGUUGAAAGCAACAAAACAAUAUCUGUUAAGGUUUGGAUAUCUGUAAUUAUCAAGC